CCACCCCCAAAAACCACACACACCCAACCCAGCCUCAUUGCUGUCAGGAGCUGCUCUCUGAUCCCCCCCACCCCAAACCCCUCCCCCUCUCCCCUCCAGCCUGAUCACACUAAGGAAUGAUGAAAAAAAAUAAUUCUGCAAAAAGGGGGCCACAGGAUGGAAACCAGCAAUCCAUGCAGCCAGAGAAGGUCGGCUGGGUUCGGAAAUUUUGCGGGAAAGGCAUUUUUAGGGAAAUCUGGAAAAACCGUUAUGUGGUUUUGAAGGGAGAUCAGCUUUAUAUCUCAGAGAAAGAGGUCAAAGAUGAAAAAAACAUCCAGGAAGUGUUUGACCUGAGUGAUUAUGAGAAAUGCGAAGAGCUCAGGAAGUCCAAAAGCAGAAGCAAAAAGAACCACAGCAAGUUCACGCUAGCACACUCCAAACAGCCUGGAAACACGGCACCAAAUCUGAUCUUCCUGGCCGUCAGUCCGGAGGAGAAAGAGUCCUGGAUCAACGCCCUCAACUCCGCCAUCACCCGAGCCAAAAACCGCAUCUUAGAUGAGGUGACUGUUGAGGAGGACAGCUACCUCGCCCAUCCGACCCGCGACAGAGCGAAAAUCCAGCACUCCAGACGGCCUCCGACACGGGGACACUUGAUGGCUGUGGCAUCUACCUCAACGUCGGAUGGCAUGCUGACACUGGACCUCAUCCAAGAGGAAGACGCCUCUCCUGAGGACCACGGGACCUGUGAAGAGAGCUUCCGGGUAGAUCUGGAUAAGUCCGUGGCGCACCUCGCUGCCGGACGGCGCCGGUCGGAUUCGGAGAACAUCAAGUCCUCGGAGAAAGGCCGGUCCGUGAGCCUGCCAAGACGGGAGGCGAUCUCGUGGGACAAAACUGGGAAACGCAAUGACGCCUUCGAGAAAGGGACCAUGUACACCCCGCAGGUCCCCAAAAAGCUCUCGCACUCGGAAAAGAACAAAUGUGCCUCCAUGGAGGAGAUUUUGUCUCGCCGGGACUCUUCUGCGCACCGGGCAGUGCUGAGGAAGGGGCUGGAGGCUCAGUUUGCUUCGGGGGAGCCCGAGCAGCUGGCCCGGAUACAGGAACUGGUUGCACUGAAACUGGAAAAAACUCAGGAACUGCUGGCGGAGGUGAAGGGCUAUGGGGAAGGGAAGCGAAAGACAAAAGAUUUCGCCACUGCUGCCACCACCACCUCUUCCUCUUCCAAGUCGGACUCUGAAAGCAUCUUGCAGGAGACGCAGAGGUUGCUGGGCGAGGCCUCCUCCACCUGGAGCCAGGCCAAGAAGGUGUUACAGGAGAUUAAAGAGCUAAGGGACCUGUACAAACAGUUAGAACUGCAGCCGUCGGACCCUAAACCCAAACAGAUCUCACAGUCUCAGUACAGGAAGAGCAUGAUGUGAAGGCACGCUUCAGGGUGGGGCGGUGGUGAUUUCUUUUUAUUAUUAUUUACAGUGUUCGAAACAGUACAACGUGCCUGUUCUCAUCAAAACUUGCUCCUCACGCUUGACCCCUUCCCCUCCCCAGAUCUUCCCCUGUCCCCAGAUGAAACAAAAGGUGUUCCAAUAAAUCAGUUUGGAUUCCUAUUUUUUUUCAAAGUAUCCUUUCUCUGCGUUCUUGGGCUGCUCGUGUCAUGCUUGCAGGAUGGAAGAUCACCAAGACCUGGAAAGCUCCCGGCAUACUUGUGGAGACAUACGCACAGCAGCCGGGGUAGAUCUUCUCCCUCUAUAGAAGCCCUGGGUUUGCUGCUCUGAACCCAGAGCUGCGGUUCUGUGUCCAGCGUUACAGCUCCUUGAUCAAGAGCGUUGGCAACUUAGUUUAUGUUUUUCCUCCUCUUUAAAAAAGAGUCAGCACGUGGAGGUCCCCGUUAUCCAAAAACUGUUUGGAAGAUGCUUGCCAGUGACAUCCAAGCCAGGGUUGGAAUUCCGCUGUCAGAACGAGGAGAUUCACGGCCUGGAAUGCAGUCUGACGCGUCACGAGAGGCAUCGGGCGCUCCUUCCUGGACUGCAGUUAACAGGGCUCUUCCCUGGCGUCCCUGCACUGAUCCCAAACCCUCUUUUGCAAACUCCUGUGGCAGGCAGCUGUUAAUACAUGUGGUACAUAUACAGCCCUCCCUACGGAGGCAACAGGUAUGCAAUCUGUGUUAAAACUAACCCUGUCUGUAGGCUGACAGCCGAUGCUUCGGAGACACCCCCUGGCCCAGUGCAAUGAGAUUUAGCAACCACAAUGUCUUCCUUCUUGUGCAGAUGAUCAAAGCCUGGAGUCCAACGGGCAGUCAUUAUUUGUUUUUCAUUGUUCUUUCCUUCAUUUAGGCUGGAGUGAAAUGGAAAGUCAGGGUUUGGCACAGAGGGCAACAGAAAAGCUGAGAAUUGCAGUUGGUUUAAUGGGCCUGAUUCUGCUCUCGCUCACACUCCGUUUACACAAUCGAUCCUCACACCAUUGUCACUUAGCUGACACCGAUGUGAGGUCAGUAUCAGGCCCACUGAAACUCAAACGGAUCCCAAAUUAGAGCUCAGAUAUCCUCGCCUGGCUGAUGUCUAGCACUUUUCUAAAUAGGUGGCUCAGCUUUCAUGCACUUAAGCAGCAGGACAAGAGGGAAAUAUGCGAAGAUUUCUCUCAGGGCUUAAAGUACACUGGCAAAUUAACAUCAGUUGUUUUUUCCAAGAAAUCUAAUUUCCUUGCCUAUGUUGCAAAGAACCCCUGAGAAUAUUAAAAACAACUGAGUUUUAAAUGACUAAUUUCCUUUUCACUGUUUACAUUUUGUACCUCUCACAUAUUUGAAAUGAGAGGAGUUAUGUUGACGUCUGUGUCUGGUCAGUUUCACUCAUAUUGCCGGCUAAGGCUGUGAUGUUUGGGUUGCAAAUGCUGCAAGGAAAUGUUGAUCUGUGUUUUUUAAAAACUCCCACCAGUUGGAAUUAAAUAACAUUGGUGGAAAUAUUUCUAUUGGCCUGAGCUUCUUUAACAGCUGGUGGUUGGCAAAGCUUAAAUUUGGGGCCCAAUUUCACCUGACAAUGUCCCUUUAAGUUAUUCAUGACUCUUUUCAAAACCUAUCCUUCAAACGGCAGAAGAAUCUCUGGCUCAUUUCAGUUCUUAUCACAAAGCCACACAGUCAUGCUGUCGUGAUAGAAAUGGGGAGAUUUGGCUUUUACAGAAUUUACAAGAAGUAUCCUUUUCUUGAUUUUUUUUUAAACAUGUUGGACCAUUCAACGGGUGAAUUUUUACAGUCAGUGGAAUCAGAUUUCAUCCCUUAAAAAAAAAAAGGAGAGAUUUAAAAAAAAAAAACCUGACAUAUAAGCCAUUCUGACAGUGCCCUUCUAUGUCAUCUCUCUUUGAUCCAGAAGGAAACAAGAAAAAAAAACUUCAAAUAGUUUUCAGAUAUAAUGUUAAGCAUUAAAAAUAACCCGGUUCUCAAAAUAGAAAAGCUGUUUUAAAAUCAGAGGUUCUAAUUACACUGGAUUAGCCUGGACAUGUGUCAUGAGUGGGGUUGAGAUUCUAGGCACUGGAAUAAUAUCAAAACACUUGAUUGGGUUAUAUAGUUCUAGCAAGAUGGCCAAAGUCUCAGGUGCAUAUGGGGGUCACUGAACACACCCGAGAAUCCCACAGUUAUGUAGAACCUUGUUCCUUCAAAAUCGGUCUUGUGCAACCUGCCAAGAUAGUGACAAAAACUGCUUGGUUAACAGGGGUGGUUAUCUGACUAUAGGAAAAACAAAACAGUCCUAGAGACUUUGCAGGUGUCUUGAAUAGUCACCUAAGACAGGGGUGGAGUUGCCCAUUGGAAGUGGGGCUUGGUGCAAGUUUCACUCUAUGGGAGUAAUUAUCCAGGGUUCCAGGCAGGUUUGUUCAGUAGUUCUGCUACCUUGAAGCUAGCUUGGGCAUAUCUACAGGAAUGGUGGUUACACCCUGUGGCUGCAGUGUAGACAUACUCUGUGUAUUUACGGAGCUAAGGAGUUCCAGCACCUUGGCAGGAGACCACCUGUCGGUUUGGAAGCAGGUGUGUCCUACAAUGAAAACUCACAUGUCACAUAGUUGUUAGAGCUGGGCAAAAUUUUGCAAAAGGUUCUAAGCUUGGGACCAGGUUUUGCCGAGCUUCACCAACCUUCCUGCUAACCUACGGUGGACUUCUGGGCAAAUGGGGGCGGGCAGAGUUAUGGUUUGUGGACGGAACCAUUCCGUAUGGAUUUGCCUGGUUUUGACCCUCGAAUUGGGCAGUUGUGGGUUUGGUUCAACCCAAAACUCCCGUGAUACAAACCCGGUGAAGUGAAUUCAAAAAAGAAACCAUCACACUAGUGCCCCUGAAAACCAAACCAGGCAAGUUUCAUACCGCCCUAGCCACGGCAUUUAUGUCUGGACAUCAUGAUUCUACAUCAGCACAGAGUCAUGAUGUGAUGCUGUGAGAUCACGGUCUCCUCAUCAUGCCAGAGUGACAUUGCUCUUAUCCCGGAGCAUCCCAAAAGGUAGGAUACAAAAAUUACCCAAUCAAAAACUGGGAUGAGUGGCGACUCGAAGGAAUUGGAAUCUUCCCUAUCCAAUCAAAUUCCUAAAGUCUCCCCUGCCCAUGACCUCAGAGGGGAUGUUGGGGGUGGGAGGGGAAGAGGUAUGGAGGGCCAUCUCCCACUCCUUGGUUCUGCACCUGGGUCAUGAACAUCGCCAUGGUUUUCAUGACUCUUCCGCGCCUUGGGCUCCCCCAAAAUGCCUAUGGCAGCUGCUUCUGACAUCAGUGAAGCCAGGAUUCCACCUUCUGACUUGAAGCAGAGCUAACUUUAUGAUUUUGAGGAUCCCAACAAAGGGGUUAUUUUUGAGGUGCUCAUUCCCCUUCUAUCUCCCAACUCCAUCUCUCCUUCUCCCUCCCUGGUCGAUGAGCCUAGAGAGCACUUGGCUUUUACAAUCCCAUGCUGUGGCACAAAGAGAGGCCCCAAAGCUGGCCAGGCCUGUCCCACUCCUUUGGCCUUUUCCCCACCCAGCAGCGUUGCCAGAGAAUUUGGUAAGGCAGCACGUUCGCAUUAUCAUUUAUUAUUUGUAGAGCAAGCUGGAAAUUUUUCAAUGGAAUGUUUUUCCUUUGGAAACCAAAACUUCCCAUGGGAACAUGUCUAUUUUGAUAACAUUUUGUUUCAGGGGGGAAAAAGUGAGGGGGAAAACAAGAGUUUUGAUGAGUUCAAAACAUUCUGUUUUGACAUUUUCAGAAUGGAACACGUCAGUAUUUAGUUUUGAAAUUUGUAUUAUAAAAACGUAAACACAUUUUAAAACGCCAACACUGAAACAAGAGAGACAAGGUGGGUGAGGUUGUAUCUUUUAUUGGACCAACUUCUGCUGGUGAGAGAGAGAAGCUUUCAUGCUUACACAGAGCUCUAAAACAUUUCAAUUGGCCCCAAAUCAAAACUUUUUCAGCAAUGUCAUUUUCUGGAAAUUUUUGAAAUUCUUUGGUUUUGUUCUAGUUGGUAACUACGCAAAUUUAGAGAUCACCGAAUUUCCUGCAAAACAGAAAUUCCAGUUCCCACGCAGCUCUAGUCAGGUAUCAGGACUCACUGUGCAAGAUGCGGUACAUUUUUAUUGCUGGUAGGUCUAUUACAGUAGCGCCUAAGAGUCCCAGUCAUGGAUCAAGUCCCAUGGCGCUAGGUGCUGUACAAACACAGAACAGAGAGACAGACCUUGCCCCCAACAUGGGAUAUAAGUCCCCCUCCAUUCACUUUUAAUCUCUUUUAUUUUAUUUUAAAUUUCACCAAAUGUUCCCCAUUUGUCAAUCCCUUUUGUGGGAUUACAGAAAAGCCAAAUACAAGAGAGAGUGGCAUGUGUGGGGAAAACAUGCCAAUCAGUUUAGCACUGCUGUUACGUUCCUUCCCGAGCACAUCUUCCCGAGUUAAAAACAGCAUGAGGAGUUGUGGUGGGGAAGGGAGAUAAUGUGUGGGAGGAAUGUUCGUGAUGACUGGGGGUCUGCGUAGGGAGGAGGUGGGGUAAAGAGACCAAGGGGUGUGAUUCUCCAUUCCCUUGCAUUUUGUGCAGUCAUUUGUGUCAGUGCAAAGUGGGUGCAUUUUACACUCAUUAUGCACUGAUACAAUUGACUGAACAAGGGGCAGGGCAAACAGAGAACCCGGCCCCACAUCCUGUGUGUCUUUGAUUCAUCUGAUCUUUCACAGCAAGUUGCAAUUUUUGGUUUUAAACCUUCUGUGCAUCAAGAAACAAAAAAUUGAGCUAGUUUCACUGAUGCUCCAUAGUCGGAUCUUUUCAAUCCAGCUGUGCAUAUUGGGAAGCAGCGUUGCCUAGUGGAUAGAGCAUUGGACUGGGACUCAGGAGAUCUGCAUCCUACUCCCAGCUCUACUGCUGGGUGAGCAUGGGCAAGUCACUCUCUGCCUCAGUUUCCCCAGCUGUGAAAUGGGGAAAAAGGUACUGACCUUCUCCGUAAACCACUUGGAGAUCUACUGAUGAAAAGUGCUCUGUAAGAGCUAGAUAUUAUGAUACUAUGACUAGCUACUCUCUGGUUUAUAAGGCAUUGCACACUACUGUGGAACGUUUGCAUUGGUAUUAGGUUUUCUGGUUCUGGAGUGAUUGCAUGGACAUUGUUUUCAUUGUAUAGCUAAGGGACUGUCUGACCAAGGUUGCCAGUGGAAGCUCUGAUGGCCCUCAGAGCAAGCCUGCAUGCUCAUGUCUCUGUUAUACUGUAUCCCAUGCUCUUGAGGUCAAAUUCCAGUCCUGCGCUUCAUGCCAUAUCAAUGCCAGGGGCAAAUUGAGGAACCAAGGGCUACACAGAGCAUGGCUGUAGUGAAUGGGUUUGCAACUGAAGGAUUGUAACUCCCAAAAGACAAACCCAACAAUCAUCCAGGGAAGGGAAUCAGUCUCCUGUUCUCACUGAACUGCCACUGAAAUCAGUGCAAACUAUUCUGGGGGUAUGUUGGGAGAAUAGGGGACCUUAUAGUUUCCCCCCCCCCACCUUCCUCUGCAGGGAUCAUCCAUACAUCUCAGCUAAUCACUUCCCUGCCAUUGCAAGAGCUUGGGGUACUGGGGGCACCUUGGCCCCCGUCAUUCUCUGCCUGUGGUGCAGUUUUGUUUCCUGCAGACUGGAAUGUUUUGGUCUAACUAAAAUCUUUGGGAGCAGCACAGGGGUAACUGGGUGAAAUGUGAUAUACAGGAGGUCAGACCAGAUGAUCUAUCUGAUGGUCCCUUCUGGCCUUAAACUCAAGGAGCCUGUGAAACAGCAGGGUGAGGAAAUACGGCUUGACUCCCACGACACAAAAUGUUCGGUGAAUAACGCGGUGGCCAUGGUGCCCUGAUUCUCCAUUGCCUGCACCGUGUGUGAUUCACCCCUGUGCCAAGUGGGCGUACAACGCUACCGAAUCAGAACAACAGCGUUUGCACCCACUUUACACUGGUCUAAAUGGGGUGCAGGAUGAUGGGGGGGGGAAUCAAGCUUGGGGGCUUCAAAGCUCGUUUUUCACUCAGCGCGGUACGUCCAUCUGUCAGCUCUGCACUCAGCUAGCUGAGACGAGCUCGUGUUUAGCUUGAGCUAAAAAGACAGAGCAGAAGGCUUAGCUUUAAAAUUCCUCUGUGGCUUUAUUUCAUGAAUUCACUGAGUUUCAAAAAUGGGUCCGGAAUCGCCCCCGGCACCGGGCAACCACAUAUCCCUGGCUCUAAUUGCCGGCAAAUUGUCAUUAAGACCGAAAAAAAGGGGUCAUGAAGAAUGGCAGCAUGGAAAACGCUCCAUGAAGGGGUCUUUUAUAGCCUUGCUCCCCACCCACUAAGAUCAAAUCAAGGGGAGAAUAUGCCCAGAAGCCAAUCACUUUUUGUUUUUUUGCAUGCCUCUUACUUAAAUCUUGCUGCUGGCUCCUUGAUUCUCACUGCACCUGCCAAAACCCAGUCACACUGCAAUGAAAUCAUCGCGAUAGAUGGCAGGCACUGCUGCGCCUCCUGGUCUCGGCAGGUGGAGGACACCUCGAAUGGUACAUUCAGGAGCUCAGCAGUCGUGUUCCACCUGCAUGUACCUGGGCAUUCAGCACAGCGGGUGGGUUCUCCCUGAAAAGAGCAAGAUGGCUAGGUAUAGUCAAAGGGUUAAAAAGAAAUGGGUAAUCAAGGUUUUUAUUAAGUUGGAUUUAAAAAACGAGAUCCACUUUGCAUAGAGCCCUUCAUGCCAAGCCUGAGCUGGCUAAAAUGGCAUAGCCCAAGAAGGAGAGCACUUGAUAGGAGCACCACCAAACCACAGCAGAUGCCUAUGGCUCCCAUGAGCACAGCAGUGCAGCGACAGCAUGGGCCCUUUGGUUGUCUCUCCAGGGAGUGGAGGCAUCUGGAGGGUUGGUUUGGAACUGGGGAAAAUGCAGCCCCUGAAAAAUUUCACACCCUGAGCACUGCACUUAGGUCAACCUCACCCCCAGUGUAGAAGCAGUUGGGUCGACAGAAGAAUUCUGCCAUCUGGUGAAAUCCAUGUCUUUUUGCGUAUGUUUUAAGAAAGCAUCACAGACGCUAAGAUUGUUUUCGGCACAAUAUUCAAGACGUCUUGUGCCACUGUCUGUCAUUGUUCCAGUUUUAUGUGGGCCGAUGACUUUCCCAACCUCAUCUGAAGAAGUGAGGUUCUUACCCACGACAGCUUAUGCUCCCAAUACUUCUGUUAGUCUCAAAGGUGCCACAGGACCCUCUGUUGCUUUUUACAGAUUCAGACUAACAUGGCUACCCCUCUGAUACUUUCCCAACCUCUUCUUUCACUUCUGAUCUGGGCAUUAAAAUCUCCCAUAACCAGGACAAGAUCGUGGUUUGAUAUUUCUUUCAUUACAUCGUUCAAUGCUGCAUAGAACCGCUCUUUGUCCUCUUCAUCUGCAUCGUUUGUUGGAGCCUAUGCCUGGACUAUGGUGCACUUAAUGUGCCGAGAGUGGAAUCUAGCUGCCAGUAGCUUAUCUGAUAUUGGCUGCCAAUUCAUAAGUGAUUUCUUUGCAGCGCUAUUCCUGAUGAUUCCUACACCUCUCUCAUGUUCGGUUCCACCUGAAUAUAACAUUGUUUUUUUCUCCAGAUGUUAUCAUACCUUGCUCUUUCCAUCUAACUUCACAAAGUCCUAGGAUGUCAAUUUUAUAUCUAUCCAUUGCUUUGAUGACCUGUGCUAAUUUUCCUGCACUAUUCAGAGUUCGUACAUUCCAAGUAGCUAUGGAUGUACUCUUUUUGGCCAACAGAAUUUGGACCAUCAAGUGGGUGACUUCCCGAUGGAUUUGAACAUCCACUGUCAUAACACUUUCCAUCCUCCUCAGGCCGUGAUUUUUGGUUUAUGUGGUUUAUGUGAGUAGUUUCUGUAGCUAGAACUCUUUUUUUUUUACGGUGACGGGAAGCCGCCCCAUCAACCAACUCUCCUCCUUUUUGAUCCAGGUUUCGGAACCUCCUCCUUUUUGAUCUGGGCUUGGGACCGGCACUGGCGGAGUUGUAUUAUAUUAUAUAUAAACAAAAAGUUGUUUCAGACUGAAAUAUUGAAAUUUUUCAUUCCAAACAUGUCAAAUCAGGAUGUUUUGCUAUUGUCAGAACUUUUUCCCACCCUGUUUUUCCCCCCCAAAAACGAAAUUCCAGAAAAAUCAAUCCCAUUUUGCGGGAACCUCCUAUUCCAGUGGAAUAGGGUUCUAUCAGAAUUUGUCUGCCCAGCUCUCAUGACAAGGAAUAGGCCAUCUGGCUGUUCCUCUGUUUACAUCUCCCCAGCUCUCUGCAGAACUCUAUCUCACAGUUCCCCUUUGCAGUGCGACAGCUACUAGUCACCAAACCACCCGCUCCCCAGCUACUCUCGUUCUCUGCUCAAAGCUUUAAAAAACAAACCACCAGAGACCACGGUACUCCUCAGCAAUGAAAAUCACCAGACCACGGGGCUUUCCUGUGCAGCGCAGCUGGGAAGAGUGUUAUGGCAGAGCAGUGACUCUCAAGCUCUGUUCUCACUUCGAAAUCUUACCCCCUAGCCGCCAUUCCACCAGCGUGUUUGUCGGGUCACGAGGGAAGGCAUUAAGUGGGCAAGGCAGUCUUAAACACUGGGACUGUUGCAUGCAUCUUGUUGCUACUGUCUAAGGGAAUUGGCUUAGUAGCUAGCGGGCUGGACUAGGAGUCUGAAACCUUAGUUCUAUUCCGGGCUCUGCUGCUGCGUGACCUUGGGCCAGUCACGUCACUGCUGUGCCUCCGUUCCCCUCCCCCACCCUGUGCAAAAAGAUCAUUGUAAACCUGACUCUCCUUGGUAAAGCGUGUUGAGAACUGCUGUGAAGAGCUAGGGAUUACUGAUGUAUACGACCGAGGGCCUAGAGGCCCCACCCCAGAUCAGGCCCCCAUUGUGCCUGGUGCUGCUCAGACCCAUGUAGUUCCUGCUCCAAAGAACCCCCCGUGUGAACAGACAAGGGGUGGGAUGGGGAAACUGAGGCACAAAGAGGAGUUUAUACCACCUCUGUUCAGUUGAGGUCUAGAUGGCAUGGAGGUGAAAACACCAGUACACUAGUGCUGGCACCACCAAUGCUAGAGCAACAGUGGGAGAUUUUUAAAAGGCUAGUGUAGACGAGGCUCUGUUGUGGUUUUGUAUCUAGUGGGUUUCACUGAGUUUAGCAAUAAGCCAGACCUGGGCUUGUCUAAAACUUGUCCCCCAGGCUGGCUUGAUACUCUGCCCCGAUCUUGCCUGAAACCCAGCCCUGGGCUUGUUCAGAAGGUUUUAACUUCAACAAACCUGACGCAAGUUCAGGGCUCGUAACAAAACCCAGAAUCUGGGAUGUCCUCACCCAGCCAUGCCUGUGGUGCCCUCAGAGAACUGCCUGUCCUUAAACCAGUCCCCUAGGAAUGGUUCCAGUUUGCCUAAAUCUCCUCCUCUGUGCAGUCUAUCCUUUUAUUUCAGAGAAUUGCUCCCUG